AUGCUCAACCACAUUGUGUUAAACUACUUGAUCAUCGAGGGGCACGCCCAUGCUAUAGAAAGCUUCGGACAGGAACUAGGAUUGGAACUAGGAAGCUACAUGACUACGGAUCUCGCCUUGGACGAAGACGCACAGCGCAACCUCAUUAAAUCGUCUAUUCUCGAAGGGCAGAUACCACAGGCUAUUGGCUUUUUAAAGCGGUGGUUUCCGCAAAUUCUUGACCACGGAGACUACUUGGUAUUCCAGUUGUUGAAGCUCAACGUUAUUGAGAUAAUCCGGUCUCGCCAGAUGCCGGUAGACGGGCCCAGCGAUGCGGAAGAGCAGGUGUUUUUGAACGAGAUUUUGGCGUACGUGAAGGAUAACCUAUUGAAUAGGGUCAAAUACAAUGAAGACUACUUCAAGGAGUUGGAAUUGACCAUGGCCUUGCUCUGUUUCAAUGAUUUGUCUCCAGAGGCUGUUAGCAACCCAGAAACCUCCCAGCUUCCUGCCGAACUAGUCCAAUUGUUUGACUUGCGGUUGAGAAGCACUUUGGCUACGGACAUCAACAAGGCAAUUCUUUCUCACAGCAAUACCAGCAUCGAGGAUUGCGAUUUCAGCCCGGCGUCACAGUUGUUCACUGGGAUGGCAUCGAGCGGUACAAGAGGGAAACCAAGGCAGAAAGGCGAGCCGGCUAGGCCAGUUUCGCGGGUGAGUGAUAACGAGUCCAAGUUGGCAAAGUUGCUAAAGUUGUUUGAAUGGACGAGUAAUCUCAUGGAGCAGAGUAAAAAGUGA